AUGGCUGCCUCUUUCUUUAACAAUAAGGCCCGUGCCGCUGCCGUCGCGGCAUCCAGCAGCUCCAAGCCCAAAGCUGGCGACAACAAAGACUCGACCCGACUCCAGCCUCGUCCCAAGACUUUGGAUGAUGUCACUGCGCAAGACCACACAACUAAAGUCUUACAACGAACUCUGCAAGCUUCAAACCUCCCUCACAUGCUAUUCUACGGACCCCCCGGUACAGGAAAAACAUCUACUAUUCUCGCUCUCGCAAAAUCCCUCUUCGGGCCCGCUCUCUACCGCUCCCGAAUCCUAGAACUGAACGCCUCUGACGAGCGCGGCAUCGGAAUCGUCCGCGACAAAGUCAAGAACUUCGCCCGCGCCCAACUCUCCCAACCCACUGGUCUGGACGCCGCAUACCGCGCACAGUACCCAUGCCCACCAUUCAAGAUCAUCAUCCUCGACGAGGCCGACAGCAUGACGCAAGACGCACAGUCCGCUCUGCGCCGCACGAUGGAGACUUACAGUCGGAUCACGCGAUUCUGUCUUGUCUGCAACUAUGUUACCCGCAUCAUUGAGCCACUCGCGAGUCGAUGCAGUAAGUUCCGAUUCAAGAUGCUGGAUAAUAGUGCCGCCGGUACGCGAAUCGCGCAUAUUGCCGAGCAGGAGGGUUUGCAGCUUGAGGAUGGUGUGAUCGAUACGUUGAUUCGAUGUGGUGAGGGUGAUUUGCGUCGCGCCAUUACGUAUCUGCAGAGUGCGGCUCGAUUGGCCAAUGCUACGAAGCCUGCUACGAAGGAUGCGGACGAUGAUGCCGAGAUGGCGGAUGCUGGUAGCAAUACUAGUGUUAUCACAGUUCGCAGUAUCGAGGAGAUUGCUGGUGUUGUGCCAGAUGAUAUUUUGGACUCUCUUGUGCAGGCCAUGCAACCCAGGAGUGGGGGUGCGUCGACCUACGAGGGCGUCUCCAGGGUGAUUACGGAUCUUGUGGCUGAUGGCUGGAGUGCUACGCAGCUUGUUGGACAGCUAUACAAACGUGUUAUCUUCAGCGAAGCGAUUCCCGAUAUUCAGAAGAAUAAGAUUGUCAUGCUCUUCUCGGAGAUGGACAAGAGAUUGGUGGACGGGUCCGAUGAGCAUCUCUCCAUGUUGGACCUGACGUUACGGAUUUCUGGCAUUUUGAGUGGGAAUUGA